CGUAUAUCGGGUCAGAAGGAUAAGCUGUUAUGGCCAGGGAUUGGAUCGUUCGGACAAGUGUUGGAAUGGAUGGAAGAAAAAGGCGGUGAGAAGACUGACCAUCACAGACAUACUUCCCAUUUGUUUGGCGUAUAUCCGGGUCACCAAUUCAAUUGGGAGACAACGGCUAAUUUGACAAAAGCGUCCCUGGUGUCGCUUAAUGCCAGAGGUAUAGACCCAUCCAGUGAUGUGAGGGAGUGGUCGUUUGCCUGGCGCUCAGCCCUAUACGCCCGGCUCAGGGAUGCUGAGAACGCUCACAGUUUAUUCAGAAUGCUGAUGGCCGAUCGUAAUACCUGUGCCAAUAUGUUUGGAUUACACCCUCCGAUGCAAAUCGACGGCAACUUCGGUAUAACCGCAGCCGUCGCCGAAUUCGUGGUCCAGAGUCACGCGGAUGUCAUUGAUUUGUUGCCGGCUCUGCCCGCGGACUGGAAGGUCGGACACGCGAAAGGUCUGCGGGCCAGAGGGGGUCACCAGUUGGACAUCUAUUGGGAUAAUCAUACGUUGAAUAAUGUUUUGAUUAAGAGUUCGGUCGCCGGCGAAGUUAAAGUCAAAUUUGGAAAUACUGUCAAAACGAUUAAAGUAGAUCCGAGUAAACCA